AACCCCAUUCGCCUGUCAUAAAUAAGAAAGUUUACUCUUCUAGAUUUCGGUAUUGUGCGUGCUUUCGUGUGAAUUCUUUUUCUAUUUUUGUUCUGGUGUACCAGCCAGGAUAUGUAGAAAUAUGUUAUAAAUGUAAUGUACAUCAAAAUCAAUGUUUGACACAAAUUGGUGACACGGUUGAAGAUUACAUUCGGUUUAACUAAAACUACCUUCGGCUUGUUCCUCCUGAAUAUCGGUGACUUGGGAUUCUCCAUCGUGAAAAAGACACAUUCUUUAAAACAAUGGAUGUUCGUACCAUUGAGGAAGCAGUUCUAACGUUUUAUCGAAGUGUCAACACCCAGGAGGACACCCAUCAAUGGCUUCAACAGAUUCAGGACAGCCCCCAGGCAUGGUCAUUUUGCUGGGAAUUGAUGCAACCAAGCAAACCGUCCGAGAUACAGUUUUUCGGUGCCAUCACCUUGCACUCGAAACUUACCAAACACUGGGCAGAAGUCCCAAAGGAAGCUCACAAUGAGUUCAAACAGAAGAUCCUUGAGUGUAUUGUCGUGUUUGGGAAUGGACCCAGAAUAGUUUUAAGUCAACUGUGCAUUUCGCUUAGCGUAUUUAUCGUACACAUGCUGGAGCAUCCGAUGGUGAUAGAGGAAUUCACGAACAUGUUUCUGAACGAGCAGCUUGGCACAUUAUCUAAAAACACCCAGCUUGAGAUCCUGUUGUCAGUGCUGGAAGGCAUACCCCACGAAGUGGACACCGCCGUUACGAUAAUUCCACGCUCGAUGGUUCGCGGGGAGCUGAACAAGAAGGCCCAGUUCACCACGGGGACCGUUUUGAAUUUCCUGAGCGGUAAAUUCAAUGGCGACCGAAUAGAGGAGAGUGAGACGAGCACGCUUAUCACUGCCACCAAAUGCAUUUCAUCGUGGUUGAAAUAUGGCAACAUUCGGCUAGACGAGUGCGAGGCAAUGGUAGAGGUUUUUCUUAAAGUGGUGCACUACUGCUAUUGGAAAGAACCCAAAGAAGAUGGGUGCCUUUCCCAGGAUGACAAUGACCUCGCAGAGGCAGCGGUGAAAGCACUAGUUAAAGUAAUGGGUUCGCAGAGCAACAACGGAUUCAAGUUCUCGUCUACUGUGGUACGAUACAUGCGUUUAUUCCUAGACGUGUUGGUCCCGAUACUGGAUGUCGAAUGGAAAGAAAACAACGACAAUGAAAAUCUGGCAUUCGUUAUUUACACUCUCUUCCUGACCACCUUGGAAUGUUAUGCAUCGGUCAUUUUUGCCGGUAUGCUAUCAGACAAUGAGGAACUCACCAAAGUGUACGGGAGAACAGUCGAGCUCUUGGUUAAAUGCACUGACAAACCCGGCACAUACCCAGUGGAUGAGUUGAGUAGCACGCUAGCGAUGGAAUUCUGGUAUAUGCUCCAAGAUGAGGUAUUUUCGAUGCCCAAUGACGAAAACAAAACCAAAUGUUGGGAAUCCAUUAAACCAAUUUAUGCGCACAUUGUGAAAGUGCUGAUACGGAAGAGCCAGCUGCCAAACGAGAAAGCAAUGCACAAAUGGAACCAGGAUGAUUUGGAGACGUUUCGUUGUUAUCGACAAGAUAUUGGAGAUACGUUGCUAUCCUGCCAUGACGUAUUGAAUGAUCUUAUGUUAGAUGUGUUAUCGAACGCGCUAGACGAUUCGAUUCUGUAUUUGAAUUAUGACCAACAAAGUACAGACUGUUGGCCGCUUUUAGAGGCAACCAUCCAUGCCUAUUGCUCGAUUGCGCAAAAAAUCGAGUACGGCGAGUAUCCACAGAUAGUGAAACUGCUUAAAGUCUUGAAUGAGAUUCCUUACGAAAAAUACAGCGACAAAUUGCUCGGAAUGGCAUUGGAAACCGUUGGAGCGUAUAGUGACUGGAUCAGCGAAAACCCAACGUAUCUGGCUUCGGCUAUUGAAUUACUAGUGAAAGGUUUGAGCUCGACACAAGCUUCACAAGCGACGCUUGGUCUGAAAGACCUCACAUCUCAGUGCCAAAAUGCCAUGGCUCCCUUCGCAAUUCCCCUACUGGAUGCAUGUCAAGCUGCUUUGGGCGGGGGUCAUCUUAAAAACUCCGAAUUGAUCCGAUUGAUGUAUACCGUCGGAAACAUUAUGAGCGUCAUAUCGUAUGAAGAGAUAAUUCGUUAUCUCGAUAUCAUGGUAUCGCCCUGCUUCGAAGAACUCCAGGUCAUUGUACAGAAUCAAGACAAAAGUGAUGCGGUGAAAGUUCGCGUCAUUCUCCGCCUGGAAAUGAUCUCUAAAGUGUUCUCCUCGCUUAAUGUAAGAAAACCAGCGUUAAAACGUGAAGGUGCACCACAACCGGUGCAGCCCAUUUUGUUGAUCUUGGAGAAAACCAUGGUAUUGCUUAAGAAUCUGUGCACUCUUUGGCUUCACGACGAGAGUGUCAUUGAAACGCUCUGCAGAGCGCUUCAGCAAGCGCUGUCUAAUUUGGUGGAUGACAUCAAACCACUGCUGAACGAUUUGUGCUGUCUAAUUUUGCUAAUCUUUGCCAACAAGUGCGCUCCUUCCGCCGUGGAGAUGGCAGGAAACGUUAUACUUAUUUUCUACAACGAUCUUGAGAGUCGGGAGAGCAUGAAGCAGAUGUUCAGUGCUAUACUGGAAUAUAAUUUUGAUCAAAUGAAGCAAUACGAUGAUCAGCAAAAACUCUCCGAUGUAGCAGAUCUUAUCGAAGCAUUCUUCAUGUUCAAUACCAAAAUCACAAAGAAAAUUCCCUUGUGUUAUGUUCCACAAGGACAAGCUGAAUGCACGAAGCUGGUCGAAUACGCGAUGAAAGGAAUGAUGUUGCCAGAGACGGGUCCGAUGAAAAAAAGCGUUGGCUUUCUGACGGCAUUCAUCAAAGAAUCGCGCAACCUUACCCAGAUGAGUAAUGCCGUAGUCUCUCAAGGGGAGAACAUGGUGCGGACAACGUUUUUAUGCCUCGGCGGUUACACACCUCGUGCUCACGUCGAUGUAUUCGCCGACAUUUUCCUCGCUCUUAAUUAUAAGUAUCCCAUCGAUUUCACUCGAUGGAUUGAAGUUCUCCUAAGGCCAGAUUUUCCCACCCCUUUCGUCACUGCGAAUGACAAGGACCAGUUCAUCAAGAAAGUGCUCAAAGAAAAAGUAAACCGACGAUUAGUGCAGGAGUAUGUGCGAAAAUUCUCAGCAAUGUGCCGAAAUGUAGUGGAAUGGGAGUCCGAUUUUCGACCGAGUUAAUUGGGGAGAGAACUCGUAGUUGUCAGUGGAAAAUAGGCAUAUGAUCGAUAAAACGCAGCCCUAGGAUUCGUUGUAAUGUGAUUUUAGAUUUUAGUUUUAACAAAAAAACAAAGCGUAUGGAACGUUUCUUAUAGUAUUAACAAAGAUGAAACCAUUUCGUUUCAGCACUCCCAAGACUCAAGUGAUACGUAAACUAUAUCUUCGAUGUAGAUAUUCAACGAAUAAUAAGUUUUAUUUUAACAAAACAAAAA